CGAGCUUCUCAUUCUCCACCUGUCUCUGAAAGCGCCUCAGAACCACGGAGAGAGCCCUGGGCUCCUAAUUCAAUUCCUGGCUGUAAUAGCGCCUCGGAGAGGGAAUCAGCACCGCGGAGAGCGCCUCUGGCAACGCCACUGCCUCUCCUCCUCCUGUCUGGGCUAUUCUUUCUCCCCGUCUCUGAAAGAGAAUCAGGACCAAGGAGAGCUCUCUUCGCAGCGCUAUUCAUCUCCCGUCCGACUCUAAAAGAGGGGAUCAGCACCGCGGAGAGCGCCAGAGCUCUUUUCCCGCCCAGACAACCGAAUUCCCUCUGAUAGCGCCAGAGGGGGGGAGGGUUCAGCACCACGGAGAGCUCCCUCCCUCCUAAUGCCCACGCCUGCCUUCCUGACCCUGGGCUAAUAGUGCUCAUUCCCCUCCUGCCUCUCAGAGCCCCUCGGAGGGCGAAUCAGGAGCCCGUGUCUCUCUACUGCCUGCCUCUGCCUGGGCGUGAUCGCGGGCCACGCUCGGCUGCCUCCCUGGUCGCGACGUGACUGGCCUCGCCCCGCCGCCCCCUCCCUUCGCCCGUCACGCUCGCGCUCCCCUCCGCCCGACUCCCUCCCCUCCAGCGCCCUCCCUCCCUCCUCCCCGUCCUCUCUCUCUCGCUCUCGCUCUGUCUCCCGCUCACUUUUCGCCCCGUCGCGCACAGCCAAAGCAGCCGGACCGACGGCUCCCGCGCGCUCUCGCCUCGCCCCCUGCACUCCUCCGGCCCCUCACCAGCUGCGCAGAUGGCCGCUCCCGGAGCGGGUUUUUGGUCCUUCGGGUCCGAGGAGGGCUCCGGAGACCCGGAUAACCCCGGUCCAGCAAAAGCCUGGUGCCAGGCUGCUCAGAAGUUCACAGGAGGCAUUUCCACCAAACUCUGUGCUUUGCUCUACGGAGAUGGGGAGAAGCCCAUGGAAACGGGGGCUGCCAAGGAGGACCCCAACUCCAAGCCCAGGAAGGCGGCCUGCUCUUGCAACAAGAAGCCCUGCGGCUGCCCCAAGGAGGAGAUCAAUUAUGCCUUCCUGCACGCCUCAGAUCUCCUGCCCAACUCGGAGGGGGAAGCGGCCACGUUGUCCUUCCUGCAGGACGUGGUGGACAUUUUGCUCCAGUACCUGGUGACCAAUUUCGACCGCUCGACCAAAGUGAUCGAUUUCCAUUACCCGAACGAGCUCCUUCAGGAAUAUAAUUGGGAACUGGCCGACCAACCGCAGACCCUGGAAGAAAUUCUGCUGCUCUGCAGGACUGCGCUCAAAUACGCCAUCAAAACAGGGCAUCCCAGGUAUUUUAAUCAACUGUCAACUGGAUUGGAUAUGGUUGGAUUAGCUGCAGAUUGGCUAACGUCUACAGCCAACACUAACAUGUUCACCUAUGAAAUAGCUCCAGUAUUUGUGCUCUUGGAAUAUGUCACAUUGAGGAAAAUGAGAGAAAUUGUUGGUUGGCCAGGAGGUGCCGGAGAUGGGAUCUUUUCACCCGGUGGUGCCAUAUCUAACAUGUAUGCUAUGUUGAUUGCACGUUUCAAGAUGUUCCCAGAAGUUAAGGAGAAAGGAAUGGCAGCUAUUCCAAGAUUGGUUGCCUUCACAUCCGAGCAUAGUCAUUUUUCUGUGAAGAAAGGAGCAGCAGCCUUAGGAAUUGGUACGGACAGUGUGGUUUUGAUCCGAGUUGAUGAGAGAGGCAAAAUGAUCCCAUCUGAUCUCGAAAGGAGAAUUGUUGAAGCAAAGCAAAAGGGUUUUGUUCCUUUCCUAGUAAGUGCGACAGCAGGAACUACAGUAUAUGGGGCAUUUGACCCACUGAUAGCCAUUGCAGAUAUUUGCAAGAAGUACAAGAUCUGGAUGCAUGUUGAUGGAGCAUGGGGUGGUGGGCUGCUGAUGUCAAGGAAACACAAAUGGAAGUUAAAUGGCAUUGAAAGGGCUAACUCUGUGACGUGGAAUCCACACAAGAUGAUGGGGGUCCCUCUACAAUGCUCUGCUCUGCUCGUUCAGGAAGAGGGACUGAUGCAAAGCUGCAACCAAAUGCAUGCUUCCUACCUCUUUCAACAAGACAAGCACUAUGACCUCUCAUAUGACACUGGCGACAAGGCCUUGCAAUGUGGGCGCCAUGUGGAUGUCUUCAAACUAUGGCUGAUGUGGAGGGCAAAGGGGACUGUAGGAUUUGAAGCUCAUAUUGACAAGUGCUUGGACCUUGCAGAAUACCUGUAUAACAAAAUAAAGAAUAGAGAAGGCUAUGAAAUGGUAUUUGAUGGAAAGCCUCAACACACAAACGUUUGCUUCUGGUAUCUGCCUCCUAGUUUACGAAAUAUGGAGGAUAAUGAAGAAAGAAUGAAUCGACUUUCAAAGGUGGCCCCAACAAUUAAAGCCCGAAUGAUGGAGUGCGGUUCCACUAUGGUCAGCUAUCAGCCUCUGGGAGACAAGGUCAACUUCUUCCGUAUGGUUAUCUCCAAUCCAUCAGCAGCUCACCAAGACAUCGAUUUUCUGAUUGAAGAAAUAGAGCGCCUUGGGCAAGAUUUAUAAUCAUGUGGUCUAUCAGACUCUUCUGAAAUGUCUCUAGGUAGACAAUUAAGUUGUCACAAACUGUGGUGAAUGUAUUUGUAGUUUGUUCCAAAGUGAAUCUAUUUCUAUAUUGUGGCGUCAAAGUAGAGUGCAAUUUAAAAUUGAGAACAUUGCUCCUCUUUAAAAGUUUUUCCCACACCUUUGAGUUUGCAAAUACCUCUUUUCUGAUGACGUAACAUAUAAAAGACUGCAUUCAUGCAAAUUAGAAGUCAAAUACAUGCUUGCAGUCUUGCCCUCUCCAAAUUUUAAUAUGGUUAGUUCAAAUAAUAAUUUAUGCUAGUGAUAGCCAUACAAAACAGUGCCAAAUCUGCUCCCAAACCAUUGCAAAAUAAAAUGAGGAGUAGUGUGCAGCAAAACAAAAAAAAAUGCUUUAAAACACUGAUGUUUUGCCUUUUUUCUUAGUCUAUUAGAACAGAAUUUCUAAUUCACAUGCAAACAUUUCAGGUGUAUUUAAAUACAUAUAAUUUUACAAAAGAAAUAUACAAAUAUAAAUAUAUAUAUAUAUAUUAAAAGAUCCUAUUUUGUAAAAUAUAGAUUUUUUAUUUUAUAUGGGUUAUAAUGAUUGCAGGGGCAAAUAAUAACAGUAAAAAUAAUAAGAGAAAUAAAGUAUUUUAUUUUCCUUUAAAGAAGGUGCACCAGAUAUCUAAUCAUGCUUAUUUUGAGACUUGACCCCAUAUCAGUUCUGAAAAGGAAAUGUCUCUCAGAUGUAUGUGAGACUAUCUUAAACAUCUCCAGAGUUUGGUACUGCAAAACCUCAAGUGAUUACUGCAGCUCUUAAACAAACAAAGACCAAUUAUAGCUAAAUUGCAAACUGCUGCUGUUCCUAAAAAAUUUUCCCUCGUGGCCUAGCUAAGCAGACGCACAAUCAUAAAAGAUUGGUUUACCCAAGAUUAAUCCUAGGGUUGUAUGUGGAGUCUUGUCCAAAAAGGGUUACACUUCAGAUUAAAUGCAAUGACCAUCUUUAUGGACUGCAGGUGAAAGAAAACUGAAAUAUCUUAUUAUGUAAUGCAUUCUAAAUUCUAAGCAGCUCAGCUCUCGAAGAUAAGCAGUAAGAGAUCUUUUUGUUGGGACAACAACUACCCUGAGGGUGGAAAAAGGGAGAGCUGGACUGGAUUCAUAAGACCAAAAUUCACCAGCAAAUCUGCAUUAGCAGUCAACCAGAAGUCCUUUCUUGGGUGCUUCCAGAUGUGGCUUUGGUCAUUUAUUUAUUUUAUUAUUCAAGCUUAUAUGCCGCCACUCUCCUAGGGCUCGGGGCGGCUUACAAGAGCAGGCUAAAAUCUAACAAUCAUGCAAUUGACCUUCCUCAUUCAUAGUGUUUUCUGGGAAUACAGAAGUUGUUGUCUUCCAUGUAUAACCCUUCCAUCUUUUCCUACUGCACCUUCUCACAAUUGGCUUUCUAUAAACACAUACAAAAUUUCUUAAGGCAGAAUAAUUGUGCAAUGUAUUCAUAAGCCUCUGGAAACUCCUUGUUGAAAUCCAAGGAUCCAGAUCUAACUCCAAAGCACAGAUACAUGAUAUGGUGCUAGAGUGCUUAGACUAAUGUGGUGGCAGUUCACCUAUCUUUGGUUGCUGAGACCACCUCUGGGAGACUUGUUGCCCUCCAGAAUCUCAGAGCUUGAGAAGGUUGCUCUUUGGACUGUGACCAAUAUCCUGUAUCAGGGUUGUGUAAUGUAAAUCUCCUCAAAGUUACAGGUUGAUUGUGCUGCCUAACCUUUGUGUUGAAGAGUAAUGUCACUCAGCUGAAUGUACAGUUGGAGGCAUAACUGAAUGACUAACCAGAUGCAAAUGUAAAAGAAUACCUCUGAGAACUUCAGCAGGAGCAUAUUGAUAUAUAUCAAUUGAGAAUGUGAGUCCACAUGUGCAACACUGCUUCUGUGAUUGUGAAUUAAAUGUGGGUGUCUUACAGUAGUGGUUCUCAACCUGGGCCCCCCAGAUGUUGGUCUACAACUCCCAGAAAUCCCAGACAGUUUACUGGCUGUUAGGAUUUCUGGGAGUUGAAGGCCAAAAAUAUCUGGGAACCUCAGGCUGAGAACCACUGUCUUACAGGAAAUAACAAAUUUCCCCCAUUUUCACAAGACAUGAACAGGAUUCUCGCCAACAUCCCCCAAAACCUUCAAGCCAGUAUGACAGCUAUAGUCAGUGCAUCAGCACCAGUGAGGCUGAAUGGGGCUGACAGAAAAGAAGAUCUGGAAUGCCACAAAUUCCCCAUUCCUGGCCUGAGUCACUCUGUGAGCCAACACAGAAAGAUGGAGAAAGAGCAACUGCUCUGUGAUUUCUUAGAACACACACAGAAUAUUUCAGCUGACUUUUGCAGUGAGCUGCUGACAUUGUCAGGGAUAUUUAGGUGCAGUCAACACAGUCCUUCUAAAGUAGGAGUCUUAUAGUACCAUUUCCUACUACAUAGUUAUACCACCAUGAUUCCACUUUAACUACCAUAGCUCCAUUGUAUGGAAUCCUGAUAUUUGCAGUUUAGAGAGAGGUCUUCAGAAAUUUCAGGCAGAGAGCUCUAAGGCCUCUGCAAACUACAAACCCCAGAAUUCCACAGGACGUAACCAUGGCAGAUAAAGAGGAAUCAUAGCAUUAUAAAAGAGUGUAUUAUCAGCUACUGAAACCCUCUGAAAUUCAAAGACAAAGACUCUCUGCAUGCAUCUGAGAAAACAGACAGAGGGAUAAACACAAAUUCCAAAGAUCUGUCUUUCUACUCCACUGUCUGAUGUCAUACAGACUGAAGGUGAAUCUACAAUGCCUGGUAAAUCUGCAGACAAGUCCAGACCAGAAAUUGUCGAGACUGGCCCCAGAAAUGGCCACAUGCACCUCACCAAAUUUGCUGCGUCUGCAUUUAUCUCCAAAUAGUACUGCCAAUCUGAGACCAUAGAACAGGCAUGUGCAAACUUGGGCCCUCCACGUGUUUGGGAGUUGAAGUCCAAAACACCUGGAGGGCCCAAGUUUGCCCAUGCCAGCCAUAGAGGGACCUGCCUCUAUAGGUGUCCAGUGCUGCUAAGGCUUGGCUCCAGUCCUGACUUAGAAGUAAUGUAUAGCUGAGGAUGCACUCUCCUAUUACUGAGAAUAUUUAUAUCAUUUCCCCUUAUCCACUUCUGGAGAAUUAGAGAUUGAGGUCAACAACACCUAAAGGACCACAUAUAUCUCAACUAUGACUUAAAGCAGUGGUCCCUGGAUGACCAGGCAAGUGUCCAGGAAAUAAAGAAUUGUGCAUUGAUAUAAUGCCAUUUCCUGGUACAAUGGGGAAAAUGGCCAGUCCUCCACAUGAGAUCAACUAAGGAAAAACUCACUUAGACUUUAAGGAUGCAAGACUGGUUACACUCUGGGACAACCUGCUUCAGCAUGUCAAUCCCCAGUUGCUGAUGGACUCAAACUCCCACCAUCCCUACCCAGCAUGGUCAGGGAUUAUAUCAAUUAAAGAUAAAACUUUUGGAGACCACCAAGCUUCAGAAAACUGGUGGGGGAGAUGGAGAGGAAUUUGGUCAUGCAUUGCUUUUAUGCCUUGGAGCUCCCUCCACUUAUAAGCCUAGCUCAAUUUUGGAGUUUAGCUUUAACUCAAAUCAACAUGGCCACCUGGGUUUGUAAAGCAAUAUUAUUUUUCACUCUCUCCAAAUACUUGAAGCAAACAAAUGUAAUGUAACAAUUUGAUGAAAACUACAAAACUUUGGAUACAGGCUCAUUGUAACAUUGAGAAAUAGGAACAAGGAGAUUCUAAAUUGUGUCUGUAAUUGUGUUGCCUUUUAAAUUAUAUCGAUAGUAUGUUUUUGUCACCUCAGACUGAGGGCUGUGCACUUUAGAUUUAAAGGCUGUACAGUGUUGCCAGUCAACAUAAUUGCUGUAUAAGCUUGUAUAAUAUAUUACUGAGAUGUCCUUAUCUGUGUGGUAGCAGUAUUGAAUCUUGAUAUUGUAAGAACUGCAUUCAUUCUAGUUCUUCUAUUAUUCACCUGCUGUAGAUCACAUCUUCUUCUACCCCGAUUCCCAAGAACAGUAUUCAAUUAUUUACAUUAAAGUGUACGUUCUGGAAAGCUUAAUAGCUCUGCCAAUAAGAUCUAAAGCAGCUUGUUUCAAGCUGCCCUACUUGCCCGGAUCCCAAUGGACUACCGAAUUUCCUGUACAUUUGGACAUUUCCCAUUCACUUCAAUGGAUGGGCAGCUCUGUGGAUAUUUCUAUGGAUUGGGACAUUUGGGCUUCACUCAUUCAACACUGAGGUUCUCUCAUCACUGUUCAUGUGAUGGUAGUACAACUUUCCUUGAUGUAAAUGGAAAAUUGUGCGCUUGGGGUAAAUGUUGCCAUUAAAUGGCUCAUUUGCAACUUAUCCACCAAAUGCUUCUGCUCCCCCGAGGGGGAGGCAGUGCAGAGACUACAGCUAUGAUGAUUUAUAGGUAUGGGUUACAUCUUGCAUGUAUUUUUUAAAACAAAUAAUAAAGCUGAUUACAGUGUUGUAGAUAUUAUUUAUGUGUAUAUGUCCAAGAUCUUCACCUGGUGUUUCGAUGUGGCUAAACACCAGCCGGACUUUCUUUUUUCCACGUUAACUGUCUGUUGCAUCUAGGGGAAAAAAACUACCUGGCAAUCUGUUCUUCUUGUAUUUGAUUCAAGUAUUUUAUCUGUGGUGGUGUCACUCAGAACCCAAAUAAAAAAAAUGUAAAUUGUG